ACUGACCGCGCCAGUCUGUAAGCGACGCUAAACCCCUAAACAACUUCCAAAUAACAUAUUUUAUACAAUAAACAUAAUUAUUAAAAAAAAAUCGGUGACAAAAUGUCUCUAAAAUUCGCGCUUCCGAUCUUUUUCCUCGCGAUUUUCGUUCGUUUUGGUGAAUCAAUAAAGUGCUACGAAUGCAACAGCGCGAACAACUCAAUGUGUCUCGACCCGACGCUGUACGACUCGGACACCAUACAGAAGUACCUUCACAGCACCGAGUGCCAGCGCAGUGUGUUGGCCGUGCAGCCCAAGCCCAUGUUCUGCAGGAAGAUCAUACAGACCAUUCUCCACAAAGGCCACGACCCCGAGGUGAGAGUGACGCGCGGCUGCGGCUGGGUCAAGCACCACCGGGACUGCUACAAGGCAGACAAUGAGGAUCAUCUCGAGACGGUCUGCCAAUGCUUUAGCGAUGACUGCAAUGGAGUCAACGCCCUGAACUAUAGUUUACUCUCAAUUUUAACCAUAAGUCUAGCUAGUAUAGUGUUACUUAUGUAAAAAACCCGAUAUUAUGUGACAGAAUUACCAAUAAUCCGUAAUUUUAACACCUAUAAUUUUAUUUUUUGUCCCAGAAUUGGGAUUUAACGUUACAAAUGUCUAUAAGUUUGCAAUUCUGUGGUUGAAGUUUUAAAUUAAUUAUAAGCAGGGUAAUAAUAACA